AUGCUCGCGGGACCUUCCGCUUCUCUUCGCUCUUUGUCUCCCUUCGAGCUCCUUGAUGUUCCCAUACUCGAACGUAUCGCGUUUUACUUGGCCACGAGUCGGCUCAUUGGGCCACCAUCAGAAUUGGUCCCUCUCUUGUGCACUUCUCGUACUAUCAACGCAUCGCUCAGGUUCCGCGACAAUCAUCAUCUAUAUUCUCAGAUUUUUUAUCAAAAAUUCGACUCGGCUGCAGUCAUACGUCGUCUGUCAUGGGGACGCACUACUGUCGAGUGCUUUUCCGAGGAGCUUCGCAAGCGCAGUACCAUACUGACUCGUAUGCGUCAUCGGAAUGCGGAAAAUUUCGCCCAUCUUCAGGAGGAUCUUUGGGCAGUCUAUCUCAUACUACUCGAAAACGAUGGUAAAAACAUGGCCCAGCUGCGUCUCUGGGCAAAGCUUCCGACAUGGAUAGCAAGCGUUAUCGAAGACAAAUGUCAAGUUCCUCGAGAACAUCCUCUUUCCUGGGUGAGAGAUAUCGAAGGCACUUCAUUGGUCCUUUGGCUCUUCUGGAUGAGCAGUGACGAAGAAAGCGUCAAGGAUGAAGACUCCAGGGUACGCAAUAAAACAUUGACUAGGCUUGAGCCUUUCCUCGUCCAUGGACAUCGAUUCUCAUCUGCGUACGCUCCUGAUGCGUUCUUCUAUCUGCCUCUUUGUGCAGAAACUGAGGUUGCAAUCCCAUGUACGACAGGUCUGCCGCUUCCAAUCGCCCGCGAUUUUGUACACUAUGGUCGAAAAAUUAAGCUCGCUGCACCGCCUCUGAUACCAGCUGCCCUCCUGAACUAUGUGGUCAGGUUGGAGGUGCGUUUAGACGAUAAUCCAUUGCCGUCUGCAGUGGCGCAACUUCCCGAGACGAGGGCGCAAGCUGCUGCAAUGGGAUUGUCUCUUCCGCGGCUUACACAAGAAGACAUCAUAAACUUCCACUUUCACACUCGCACAAGAUUUUUCGGCGACUAUAACGGCCUGGGCAGUGAGCGCCUUGAUAACGAAUGGUUCCGAACUGUAUCAUGCUAUGAUCCGUGGGCUGUGGAUCGACCACUUCGAGGAAUCUUUUACCAUCUUGGAUCAUUAACUGGGCACUGGAAUGGUCGAGCUUUGAUUCCAUAUUUGCAGGCCCACAUUGACGCCAAUAUGCCCAAUCGCCGACCCCCGGUACAGGGCGUAACUUGGGCACACGAGCGCAUAUCUUGUGUGUUCAAAGAGCACCAUUGCUUGAUCCCCGAUGAACCCAUUUCUGCACCUGCUGAAGCUCAUGGGUGGGGCGAGGAUAUCCUCAACGUUUGGUUGCCCCGUCGACUGGAAAUUAAACAUGGAAUUGAUGACUUAACAUUACAUGAUCGGGAAACUGGGAAGACUGUACGAUAUGAAACAUACCAUGCCGACCGCGAGAACCCUUACUCCAGACCAUCCAAGAUGAAUUCCGAAUGGCGUUGUGAUUUGCCGCCCGUAAGCGAGGAUUCACAAUAUGAAACGGACGAUGAUUACGAGGAAGUUUUUGAGCAAAGAACUAGUGGCGUCACUGACAUCAUCAUCACGGGAGAGACGUACGAUCGGGAGAGCCCAGCUUGGGGUUCUUUCUCUUUCAUUGGCCGAGUAAGACCAUGGGAUGGCUUCGUAGUUCUGCUGCGACGGUCGGUACGUGAAAGAAGGUCUGAUUUGCGUCAUUCAUUCUAA